AUGUCUUCCGAACAGCAGGACCUUCGUUUCGAGACUCUUCAGCUUCAUGCUGGCCAUGAACCCGAUGCUGCAACAAACUCCCGCGCCGUGCCUAUAUAUGCCACUACUUCUUAUGCCUUCAAUGACUCCGCACACGGAGCACGACUCUUUGGUCUCAAAGAGCUUGGAAACAUCUACAGUCGAAUUGGAAAUCCCACUGUAGACGUAUUCGAAAAGCGUAUCGCUGCAUUGGAAGGCGGUGUUGCGGCCGUCGCAGCAUCUUCUGGACAAGGUGCUCAAUUCAUGGCCAUCUCAGCUCUAGCCCACGCCGGAGACAACAUUAUAUCCACCACCAACUUGUAUGGUGGCACAUACAAUCAGUUUAAGGUCCUUUUCCCUCGAAUGGGAAUCACUACCAAGUUUGUUCCGGGUGAAAGGCCCGAGGAUAUCGCUGCAGCCAUCGAUGAUCGUACCAAGGCUGUCUAUGUUGAAAGUAUCGGAAAUCCUCGCUACAAUGUGCCUGACUUUGAGGCCAUUGCUAAAGUUGCCCACGAAAAGGGUGUUCCCUUAGUAGUUGACAACACCUUUGGGGCUGGUGGAUAUUUCUGCCGUCCUAUCGAGCACGGCGCUGACAUUGUCGUACACAGUGCAACCAAGUGGAUUGGUGGACAUGGUACUACUAUCGGUGGUGUUGUUAUCGACAGCGGGAAAUUUGACUGGGGUAAGAACGCAGCACGAUUUCCUCAAUUUGUCGAGCCAUCAGAAGGCUACCAUGGCCUGCGAUUCUGGGAAACCUUCGGGCCUGUUUCGUAUGCUAUCCGUGUCCGUGUUGAGAUUCUUCGUGAUCUUGGUACUGCGCUCAACCCAUUCGCUGCGCAGCAGCUCCUAUUGGGCCUCGAGACCUUGAGCUUGCGUGCUGAACGCCAUGCGAGCAACGCCACCGCCCUCGUGGACUGGCUCCAAAAGAACGAGAACGUCAGUUGGGUCUCCUACCCUGGCCUGGAAAACCAUCCCAGCCACGAGACAGCGAAGCGUUUCUUGACCCGUGGCUUCGGUGGUGUCUUGUCUUUUGGUGUGAAGGGAGGGGCCGCUGCCGGUAGUCAGGUUGUUGAUGGCUUCAAGCUGAUUUCAAAUUUGGCAAAUGUCGGCGAUUCAAAGACUCUUGCCAUUCACCCCUGGUCGACAACCCACGAACAACUCUCUGAACAAGAGAAAUUCGACUCGGGUGUCACCGAAGAUGGCAUCCGUAUCUCCGUCGGAACCGAGCAUAUCGACGAUAUUAUUGCUGAUUUCGAACAGUCUUUCAAGGCCGCAAAGGCUUUGAAUGCAUAA